CUGAUCUGGUUUUCAUUUUGUUAGGGCCUAUUUCCUGGAAAUGAGCCAAUGAAAUGCAGGCAGAAGAGACCAAAACUGUGGUUAUUUUCGACACUGAAACCACUGGCCUGCCCACCCAAGGGAACAAGAUCAAGAUGACUGAACUGUGUUUUAUUGCCAUCUCAAGGGAAGAGCUCAACACAAAAGCAGCACCCAGAGUUUUGAACAAGCUCACUCUAUGUUUCAACCCUAAAAGACGGAUCUGUCAUGAGGCUAGUAAGAUUUCGAGACUCCACAAUGAUGCGCUUGAAGGCCAGAAAAGUUUUGCCUGUCAGGCUGACCUGAUCAGCACUUUUCUCACAAGUCUGCCUCAGCCUGUUUGUCUUGUUGCACACAAUGGGAAUAGAUUUGAUUACCCUCUGCUGGUCUCAGAAUAUCUCUCAGCCAAGAAAGACGUCCCUAAGGAUAUUUUAUGUGUUGACAGUUUAGAAGCUUUCAGGGCGUUUGAUGGACUUGAUUCAGAUCCCAGGAAAAGGAAACUUCCAGCAUCUUCCAUCUGUCAAGCUGCACAAGAUGACCAAGUAAAGAAUUUGUGCAAUACAGCUUCACCAAACAAGCAAACAAAACUUGAGACAGGUUGCUGGAAUGUCCAGGAACACACCCCACCUUCAACCAAAAUUUGUGUCACCCAUCCGUCACCCAAGUUUUUUGAACCCCCCGACCAAAAAGCUAGAUCUCUAACAGUGAGACGAAAACUGAAAUUGGGUGAUGACGGCCCAGCUGGUUCACUGAACUUAGAUCAGGCAGAGCAAGCUGCUUGGGAUAAUUUCAAUGGCUCACAGUUUGAUGCAGAUAGUUUCUAUGCCUCAAGUGAUGAUCAUUCUUUGCUUGAAGCUGCAGAAAGUGCUGAGCAGCUGUAUUUUAGCCCUGAGAAUCAAAAUAACUCUGCUGACCAAAGAAAAAUGUGUAACGACCAAACAGAAAUGACAGCUGAUCUGCCAACAUACACUAGUUGUGAGCAAUCAAAUGUGGAAGGUUCUGAUACAACUGCUGGUCAGGAGAUACCAACACAACUAGAAAAUCUUUUAGAAAAUUUUCCAAAACCACAACAUGAGAACGGUGAUGCCCUUCUGGCAAAAAACUCUCAAAAGAAACCAGAGCCAAAACAUGUCCAGUCAAAUGUUAAGAAAUCUUACAAAUUGAGUGACAUUUAUUUUUAUCUGUUUAACCAGCAACCCCCUGAUUGCCACACAGCUGAAGGUGACUGUCUGACUUUGUUGAGUAUAAUUAAGCAAAAAGCAGAACUCUUUUGUAGAUGGUGUGAUGAAAAAGCUGUCCCACUUACAAAAAUAGGUCCCUUGUAUUAAUGCACACAUUUUAGCCUAUACGCUGGAGUAAAAUUAUAUGUUACGGCCAAAGCUCAAAAUGGCCACUUCCCAAAUGUCCUCACUAAAGAAGGAAAUGAAAACAAUGUAUUAGAAAACCUGAUUUUUAAAUGAAAUGUUGGUGCAGCAUUUCAUGUGCUAUACCUUGACGCAGUCAGUUUUUACUGUCAUGUAUUUAUAUGCUACACUUCGAUUGCAUUAUAUUUUUACUGUCAUGCAUUUAUAUGCUACACCUUGACUCAGUAUAUCUUUCCUGUCAUGUAUUUAUAUGCUUCACUUUGAUUGCAGUACAUUUUUCCUGUUAUUUACACCUUGAUGCAGUAUAAUCAUAUUUAGGCGACACUUCUCAGUCAAAGUGCAAAAAGGCCAUUCUAUUUUGGAACUGGCUAAAUUUUGGCUUUGACCAAUAUAUAUUUUUAAAUUGAGAGAUCGAUAUAUAGAUACAUUAUAACAAUCAGUCUAAUUUGAAUUGAAUUGAAAUAUUGCAUUUUAAAAUGUACUACUUAUAAGCAUUUACGAAGUUUUAUAACUUUUAAAAAAUCUAUACACUUAUUUGACUAAUUCAAAUAUUUUUUAAUACUUUAUCUAAAAGCUACAUGCAGUUAUAAGCUGUGUAUAUUUUAACUACAUGUAGCCAUAACUGUGUUCACGACAAUGCUUUUUACAUCAGCUAAAGCAUUCUUAUACAGUUGUGUUGUUUUACUGAUGGGCAUUCAAUAAGUCAGGGAAAGUAAGUCAAACAUAUCAAUAUAUACCUAAUGAUGAUGAGGUUAGUUAAUAUUUAAGACAAAGAAUUGGCAUUAUUAAAAAUGAAAAAUAUUGUGAGGGAGGGAGGAAUGGAGGCAGAAGUGUGAUGUCAUU